CUCCCCAUGCUCCCUGCGACCCAUGUGCUGCUUCCACCGGCACAGCAUCAAUGACCAUUGGAAAGCCGCUAGGAAAGAUAGCUUUCCACGAAAGCACAUAUUCUUGUAUUGAGAUGCUGUAUUCGGCAAGGGCUGGAGGAUUGAAUGCAGACGAAUGCAAAGCCUUUUCGAUAUCUGAAAUCGAAUCUCACUGUGGUGGAUGUGUUGAAACUGUUCAGUGCGAUUUCGAUCAAUCUAAAUGUCGGAGCAGCCAAAUACUAGUAGCUUCCAACCCCGACAAUUACCCAGGGCCAUCGAAACUAUGGAGUUCUUCUCUCACGUGUGAGGAGCUAAUUGAAGGUGCCCGAGCGGGAGAUUUGCUUUCCGAAGCUGGCUGCCGUGUUUUCGAAAGCAGUGUCGAAGCGGCUUUCCAACCGGGAACCUUUGGUCUGGCCAUUGCCAGUUUGAAAGAAUGCGCCUUACAAUGUGACUACGAUGAGACAGCUAACACAUCACUGAACAGAAAGCCACCCGUUCCGAUCCAAAAUGAUCUUAUUUUGUCGCCCAGAUCAGAUGUCGAUGGUUCACGUAGCGUUGUACCCAGCGAUGGUCCUAGUCUGAUGCCAAGUGAUGGUCCAAGUCUAAUUCCAAGUGAUGGACCUAGUAUACUUCCAAGUGAUGGUCCAAGUUUCCCGCCCAUAGUAAAAAAGAAAGAUAGAUCAGGAAACAGUGGUUUGGUUUAUGGAGAUGUACCAAGUGAUGGUCCUAGCCUACAGCCAAGUGACGAGCCCAGUUUAUUCAUUAACAUGGAUCGAGCUAAUGUUGUUCCUGACAGAUCACCUAAAAAGAAGCCUCACUCAAAAAGCGUAAGUUUUACCACUAAUGCAAUGUGUUCGAUUCACUUUUUUUGUCCCUGUCACAGUCGUGAACGGUGAAAGAAGUAAUCGACAAUUUUAGGCUUUGUUCCAAAACACUCUUUUUUUCCUGACACAUUAUUUGGCUUUGUAUUCUUUUGAUGAAUUUUCGAUAAAAAUAGUGCUUAGUGUGCGAUUUCGACAAUGAUAGCGCUUUUUACCUCUACAAGGACUUCGGACAGACCGGGGUAACCUUUUUUGAAGCGUUGAGUGCUCCUGACCACCGAGAAGCGUGCCAUGAGAAAGAUGAUUAUUGUGAUCCUAAGGAACCGCUCUAUCCUGACUUGGAAAAUUGCUAUUUAGCAGAUGUCACGUCGUUUGAUGAUCUAAUUGGAAUUCAAGCUGUGAUCCCUCCCAAAAAGGCUGCCUACAUAUCCGUGUACAAGAACACAAUUACCCAGUUUAAUCAGGCAAAGAGUUGCAAUCAAUCCAAUUCUACGGAUGUCGAAUGCACAGUUGAAAACUACAGACAAAGCCUUGCCUAUGGUAGUGAGAAUAAUGUAGACGACGAAGACAAUGCUCAAAUGAGUACAAAUUCAGAGGAAAUUCCCUGCUCUGGGUUAAAAGAAGGAUGGUUCAACUACGGCUCGAAUGUUGCAGUUCCUUCCGGUCUCUGGAAAAAUGGUCAACCCUCCUAUUGCUUUUCUGGACCAAUUCAGAACGCCGCUGCUGUGUGGCCCGUUCAUCCAAAUGGGUCGAAUUACGGGGACAUGAGAGAUGUAAACGCCGGAUGGAAAUUAACUGGCGCAGUGUAU